GUAAGACUCUGAAAGAAAACGGAUCAAAAAACCAGCAGAGAAUUGGCGAAAUCUGUGCGUUUGAGAGAGAGCGAAAUUGAACAAACAAACAAACAACCGGAGCUCUCCUCUUCGCUGGCAUUCAGGGUUUGCUACCUGGAUGACUUUGGAUCCAAGAUUCUUAACAUGGAUCUGAUUUCUUAACAGUGUGCGUGCAUGGGUUUUGUCCAUGUCUGCUUGAAAGUGCAAUCUUCAUUUAUAUGGAUUAAUAUGGUUUCGUAAGGAUCAGCAGUGUGAGAAAGAUUAUUUUGGUUUUUGAAAUUACAGGUUUGUUGUGAUAAAGGUGUGAUGGAGAUAUCAUUGUUAAAAGCCCUUCUUAAUAACAUCUCCUCAUUUUUCCAUUUAUCAUCUUGUGACAAUAUAAACUCGGAACCAGUUCUGAAGUAUUAUCAAAAGGCAGAAGAAAUAUUGAAGUUGUUGAAGCCAAUACUUGAUGUGAUUGUUGAUUCUGAAAUAGCUUCUGAUGAAGUGCUUAUCAAGGCAUUUGAAGAACUAAGUCAUUCUGUUGAAGAAUUGAGAGAGCUCUUUGAAAACUGGCAAUCAUUAUCGAGCAAAGUUUAUUUUGUUCUGCAAAUUGAAUCAUUGAUAUCAAAGACUAGGACUUCUGGUCUUGACAUUUUCCAGCUGUUGAAAGCUUCACAUGAACAGCUCCCUGAUGAAUUGAGUUCAGCAUCUCUUGAGCACUGUGUACAGAAAAUUAAGCCCAAGGGAUACGAACAAAUGUCAUCUGUUAUUAAAGAAGCUAUAAGGGAUCAAGUGGAGGGUGUUGGACCCAGCUCAGAGAUCCUGGUGAAAAUUUCCGAGAGCCUGAGCUUGAAGUCAAACCAGGAGAUCCUCAUUGAAGCUGUAGCCCUUGAAAAGUUGAAGGAGAAUGCUGAACAAGCCGAAAAGACGGGGGAAGCUGAAUAUAUUGAUCAAAUGAUUGCAGUUGUAAAUCGCAUGCAUGAUCGCCUUAUAAUGACAAGGCAGUCUCAGAGCUGUAGCCCAGUUCAGAUACCUGCUGAUUUCUGCUGUCCUCUCUCUCUCGAGCUGAUGACAGAUCCGGUGAUUGUGUCUUCAGGGCAAACCUAUGAGCGGGCAUUCAUCAAGAAAUGGAUUGAUCUGGGGCUCACAGUCUGUCCUAAGACGCGGCAGACACUGGCUCACACCAAUCUAAUAACUAAUUACACUGUAAAGGCACUAAUUGCAAACUGGUGUGAGUCAAACAAUGUGAAGUUGCCCGAUCCCAUGAGGUCUACAAGCUUAAACCAACCAUCGCCCCUUCUUGGGCACACAGAGCCUGGUGCAACCAGGGAGUCUGCUGCUUUUCCUCAUUCCAGGGGCAACCAACCAAUAUCAAUUGAGUCAAGUCGCUCUAUGGGUUCACCUGGUACGAACUUGAAUUCUUCUGGUGGAAUCCGUCGAGAGGGAACUUCUCCAUUGCACCCUCGCUCUUCUUCAGAGGGUUCCAUGUCUGCUGUAGCCGAGAAUGGGCAAGAUUUGGAUAUUGCAAGAAUAUCACUAACAAGUUCUGAAGACAGGUCUGCUAACUCUGAAGAAAGGAGUAUGGAUUCAGGUGGCCAACCCACUGCAUCACCAUCUGGAACUGAAUUUUCUAGCGCUAUUGGGGCUGAAGAGUCAUCACAGAGCCAUAAUAGAACUGCCUCCGCCUCCAGCGUGCUUUCUGGUGCAAAUUUUUCUCAAGGAACACCAGGAGAUGCUGAUGAGGCUUCACAUAUAUCAGCCAAUAUGACUGGCUACAGCAGUGAUGCGUCAGGAGAGGUGAAAGCAGAGCCACAUGCUGCCGCCUUGACCUCACCACAGAGAGAACCUGAGUUCUCUCCCAGAUUGUUGGAAACGAGGUCUCGAAGCCAAACAAUAUGGCGGCGACCAUCAGAGAGGUUUGUUCCAAGGUUGGCUUCUUCUCCUGUUAUAGAAACAAGAGCUGAUCUUUCUGGCCUCGAAACUCAAGUGCGGAAGCUGGUUGAUGACUUGAAAAGCACUUCACUGGAUACUCAAAGAGAGGCAACAGCUGACCUACGGUUACUUGCCAAACACAACAUGGAUAAUCGGAUUGUAAUUGCUAACUGUGGGGCCAUUGUCGUGUUGGUCAAUUUGCUCCUCUCUGAAGACACAGGGAUUCAGGAAAAUGCUGUUACGGCGCUUCUUAACUUAUCAAUCAAUGAUAACAACAAAACUGCAAUUGCCAAUGCUAAUGCAAUUGAACCUCUGAUUCAUGUUCUUGAGACAGGGAGCCCUGAGGCGAGGGAGAACUCAGCUGCCACUCUCUUUAGCCUGUCAGUGAUUGAAGAUAACAAAAUCAGGAUUGGAAGGUCUGGUGCAAUUGGGCCUCUGGUUGAUUUAUUAGGGAACGGGACCCCUAGGGGAAAGAAAGAUGCAGCCACAGCUUUGUUUAAUUUAUCAAUAUUUCAUGAAAACAAGGCACGUAUCGUGCAAGCUGGUGCCGUAAAGCACCUUGUGGAGCUGAUGGACCCAGCUGCUGGAAUGGUUGACAAGGCAGUAGCUGUUUUGGCAAAUCUGGCUACAAUUCCCGAGGGACGAGUUGCUAUUGGUCAGGAGGGUGGGAUCCCUGUUCUGGUAGAGGUUGUUGAGUUGGGUUCUGCAAGAGGAAGGGAGAACGCAGCUGCUGCUCUUUUACAUCUUUGUACUAACAGUAGUAGAUUUUGCACUAUGGUGCUCCAAGAAGGAGCUGUCCCACCACUGGUGGCAUUGUCACAAUCAGGCACCCCAAGGGCCAAAGAAAAGGCACAGGCGCUUCUUAGCUACUUUAGAAACCACAGACAUGGUAAUGCUGGGAGGGGCUGAUUUUGGAGGCACACCCAUCGGUUUCAUACCAAGUUCUUGUGUCAAGUUUUAAAGAUAGUGUGUGUACAUUUCUUGGUGCAAAUAAUGCAUGUGAAGGUGGUGUUGCUUGGAUUUUACUUGUAUUGUAGAGGGAAAAGGAAAACAAAAAAAAAAAAAAAAGGAAAAUUUUUUAUGAUUUAUAGAGGAUUUUAUUUGGGUCCUCUUGUGAAAUACAUCUACAUGUGAAACAUGUGAAUGUGGGAAGAAAAUUUUAUACAGGUUGAGAGUCAAGUUGCAGUAAGCCUGGGCAAGACGGUGAGAGACAAAUAAUCAGUUUUAUUAAUUAAUUUCGUUUCCUCAUUU